CGUCACGUGUUCAGAGGAAACCGGAAGUGGCGGACUCAUCUUCUUGCUCUCCAAAACAAAAACACCUCUGAGCCUGUUGUCGUUUUACAGCCGUGACAGGAGCAUCACGGGAGAAUAAGGAGCCAGAGGGGAAACAUGAAGUAGCGGAGUUAGCUUCACAGUUAGCAUUAGCGUCAGAUUAGCUGGUUAGCUUCGUUAGCUCCUAGCUCCCCGCUCCAUGGCGUCCUCCUCCUCAGCGGGACUCCCACCGCGGGGACCGGACCGCGCUGCUGCUUCGGCCUCCGGGGGGAGGCCGCCAGUCCGGCCCCACCACCCCCACCCGGCUCACUCCGCCCCGGGCUGUGUGAUGGCGGAGUCGGUGGACGACGCGGAGGGUCUGUACGUGGCGGUGGAGCGGUGCCCGCUGUGCAGCACCUCCCGCCGCAGGCUCACCUGCGCCCGCUGCGUCCAGGCCGGAGACUUCGUGUACUUCGACGGGAGGAACGCUGAAAGAUACGUAGAAAAGUUGGAGCGGCUGAAGACGCUGAAGGAAGAAAAGGAGCAGCUGCAGCAGAGAGUCACGCAGGCCAUGGACAGGAAGCUGCAGGCCGACGAGGUGAAGUGGAAGAUCAUGUCGUGUAAGAUGAAGAUCGAGCAGCUGAAGGAGGCGGUCGCCGGGAGCAACGAGGAGGUGACGAGCGAUAAGGACGUCCUCCUGCGCUCUCAGGAGGAGGGGCAGCGGCUGCAGCGCCGGGCCGGACGCCACCAGGAGAAACGGGACAAGAUCGAGCGUCACAACCGGCGGCUGGGCGAGCUGCUGGAGAGACGCAGCCGCGAGCUGCAGAGCAGACUGGGCCAGCUGGCGGCUCUGAGGCGAGACCACAUCCUGGAGCUGACCACCCACAUCUUCCCCACGCAGGAGGAGAAGCAGGGCAGCAGAGACCCCGCAGACGUGGUGGCGGAGUGCGACCCCGCGCUGACCUCCAGCACGGUGAGCGAGCUGGCCGAGGCUCGGAGGACCACCUACCUGUCGGGACGUUGGAUCUGGGACGACCAGAACGGAGAGACCAGCAUCAGCAUCACCGGACCGCCCGUCACGCUGCCCAGCAACGGGGACUGCUCCGCCUACUACAGCUGGGUGGAGGAGAAGAGCACCAAUCAGGGCCCAGAGUUGGACCACAUCAACCCGGCCCACACCAUCAGCGCCGCGCUCUGCUACGCCACGCAGCUCGCCACCAUCCUGUCUCACAUCCUGGACGUCAACCUGCCCAAGAGGCUCUGCAACAGCGAGUUCUGCGGAGAGAACCUGAGCCGGUACCGCUUCACCAGAGCUCUGAGCAAACUCAACACCAACAUCCUGCAUCUCUGCUUCUCACAGCACGUCGACAGUGAGAAGCUCCACCCUCAUCACACUCUGAGGAACAUCAUGUUUCUGGUUUCCCCCGACAACAACAACCUGGGCAGGACGGGUCCGUUUGAGGUGAGCGCCGACCUGGAGGAGUCAAUGGAGUUUGUGGAGCCGGAGGCCGCGGGGCCGGCGGAGGAGAGCGGGGACGAGGCGGUGACGGACGAGGAGACGGACCUGGGGACGGACUGGGAGACGGUGCCUAGCCCACGAUUCUGUGACAUCCCAUCACAGCCCAUGGAUCUUUCCCAGAGUGCUUUGCAGGUUUCCCAGCCCUCCGCCAACACUGGAGGGAUGAUCUCGUCUGCCGCCGCCUCGGUCACCUCCUGGUUCAGAGCUUACACCGGCCAGCGCUGAUCAGGACCGGACCGGUUCAGACCUGGACCCCUGCAGGACUGGGACUUUUGGUUUGGAGAAGGACCGGUCUGAGAGGUCAGAGGUCAGCAGCUCUGACCAGCCAAUCAGACGACUGUACAUUUUAAAAUUUUCAGACAGGUGACUUGAACCUGUCUCACCUGCUGGAGACACAAACUGUCCACGGGCGCUGAGAUCAGCGGGUCAGACCGCCAGAGCGGACUGAGACCCGCGGCCGGUCUCUCGUCCUCCAGUCGCUCAGAUCAAAAACUCUGAUCAGGAUCAUAGAUCAGAAUCAGGACCUUCAAUAUCUGGAUCAGGUUCUUGUCGUUAUGAGGUCAGACUCCACCCGUCUGUCUCUCUCUGUCUCUGUCUGUCUCUCCCUCCUCCGUCUGUCUCUCCCUCCUCUGUCUGUCUCUCUCUCUCUCUCUGUCUGUCUCUCCCUCCUCCACCCGUCUCUCUCUUUCUGUCUG